AUGGAGGAAAAUAUUACGUGGCCAGAAACGUCGGGCGGUGAAAACGAACUGGAAACACAGCCUCUCUUGUCCGAAGUCGACCAGCACAUCAAUUCUGCAUUAUCCGUAUUUAUCCUCUGGCUUGCUGCCCUCACAGUUGGUUCGAUAUUCACUUUAUGCCGCUUGCCGAAUAUCAUCGUAUUGCAAAGGAAUCUGAUUCAUCCGAUCAAAUAUAUGGAGGAAAAUAUUACGUGGCCCGAAACGUCGGGCGGUGAAAACGAAUUGGAAACACAGCCUCUCUUGUCCGAAGUCGACCAGCACAUCAAUUCUGCAUUAUCCGUAUUUAUUCUCUGGCUUGCUGCCCUCACAGUUGGUUCGAUAUUCACUUUAUGCCGCUUGCCGAAUAUCAUCGGUACGUUGUUCUACCGCUUUUCAGUAUCAUUUACAAAAUGUAGAGAGUUGCCUGAUUCUUGGGAGACGUAG